ACCACCGUCACCGCGCCCCGCCCACCGCACUCGCCCGCGUUCCUCGCCACCCCCCUCGAGCACUUCCACCCGUCGCAUGAGCGUGCAGAAUCUCAACAGCUUCGAUCCUUUCGCCGAGGAGGGCGAUCCGCUCGCGGACAACCAGAAUGACGUCGGCUCCCAGGCCAAUUACAUCCAUAUCCGUGUCCAGCAGCGCAAUGGCCGCAAGACCCUCACCACGCUCCAGGGUGUGCCCAAGGAGUACGACCAGAAGAAGAUCCUGAAGGCCUUCAAGAAGGAAUUCGCCUGCAACGGCACCCUCGUCGACGACGAGAAGAUGGGGCAGGUCAUCCAGCUGCAGGGCGACCAGCGCGUCAAGAUCCGCGACUUCCUCGUCGAGAACGGCAUCGACCGCGCCACGAUCAAGGUGCACGGUUUCUAAGCGCCGCCCACCCUUCAUCGCCGUCCGUGUGUUCGUAUGCGCUGCUCCUCCCAUCGUGAUCCCGGCCCCUCCUUUGUGACCCGGACUUGAGUACCCGCCGAGCACUUUUUUACCUACCCCCUUCGCCCUUCACAUACCGUCGACCUCCUUCGCAUUUUUACCGACGACCCCUUCUACCACUCUUACUGCCGGCCCUUUCUACUCACCGACCUCACCCUCGGUUGUACAUCCCCUGACGCACGCAUACCCACACGCUCGGCCACGCCCGCUCUCUCUGCCUGCUUUAUAUUCUGCAUUGCUUUGUGUCUGUACGAUAGUAGUGCGAUGCGUGCGCAAUAGAUUCGUCGCGCCUGUGUAUGACAUUGACUUGCGGUGUGGUAUGAGGCA